CAGGAAAUGGAAUACAUCAACAACCGGUUUAUAAAAUAGACACGACACGGGUCCAGAUAUUUCACUAAUAACAAUGAAUUAUAAAGGAGUCUUUGAUAGAUUAAAGCGUUUUGACGCUUACCCUAAAACGCUUGAAGAUUUUAGAAUAAAAACCUUAGGUGGUGCAACUGUGACUCUAAUCAGUGCAGCAUUGAUGUUGAUAUUGUUCAUUUCUGAGUUGAAUUAUUAUUUGACCCAUGAAGUUCAGCCUGAGUUGUUUGUUGAUACGUCCAGGGGGCAAAAACUGCGUAUCAAUGUUGAUAUAGUCUUCCCAAAUAUGGCAUGUGCUUUCCUAUCACUAGAUGCCAUGGAUGUCUCUGGUGAAUCUCAAAUUGAUAUAGACCUGAACUUGUAUAAGAAAAGACUGGAUCUACAGGGCAAUCCUAUUAAUGAAGAGCCAGAAAAGCAAACUUUGGAAGAUUCAAAGAAAGAGACAGCUGUACUUGCGCUAGACCCUGGUCGAUGUGAAAGCUGUUAUGGGGCUGAAACAGAUGAACUUAAAUGCUGUAACUCCUGUGAUGAUGUGAGAGAGGCCUACAGGAAAAAAGGUUGGGCUCUGCAGGAUCCAGACUCCAUUGAGCAAUGCAAGAGAGAAGGCUGGUCAGAGAAGUUGGAAACUCAGAAGAAUGAAGGCUGCAAGCUGGAUGGCUACCUAGAGGUCAACAAGGUUGCAGGUAACUUUCACAUAGCCCCAGGUAAAAGUUUUCAACAAAAACAUGUUCAUGUUCAUGACAUGCAAUCUUUUGCUGGUCAAAAAUUCAAUGUCACUCACAGAAUCAAUCAUUUGUCAUUUGGAACUGACUACCCAGGAAUGGUCAAUCCAUUAGAUACACUUUAUCAAGUUGCGGACACCCAUCAAAUGAUGUUUCAGUACUUCAUCAAAAUAGUGCCUACAACUUACACAAACGUAAAUAGGGAGACUUUGUACACUAAUCAAUAUUCAGUGACCAAACACUCCAAGACCACAAAUAGCAUUCUAGGAGACAGCGGCCUACCUGGAGUCUUUUUUUCUUAUGAGCUAUCACCCCUUAUGGUCAAAUACACGGAAAAGAAAAGAUCUUUUCUUCACUUUUUGACUGAAGUUUGUGCAAUAAUUGGAGGAAUUUUUACUGUUGCCAGUUUGAUUGAUUCUUUUAUCUACCAUUCAUCUCGUGUCAUAGCCAAGAAAAUAGAACUUGGAAAAGCAUCUUGAUGAGAUGACUGGGAUAGAUCAAGACUAUAUAUUUUUAGCGAAUGGAAUAUUGUUAUAAGAUUUUACACAUGAAAGAUUUUGAUUUGUUAAUAUUUACAGCGUAAAUGAGUUAGAGUGAUACUUUUGGGGCUGAUUAGAUUUGACUGAAUCAAUUAAUUGAAGGUUGUUUUUUUUUAGAUAUCCAUAUAUUUACCAUACUAAACUUUAAUGUUCAGUUCUAACUAAACAUGAUUUGUUAAAUAAAGUAAGUUAAGGUAACACAAUGCAGUUGAACCAACGAAAGAAAGUUGGACAGUAAUGUAAAAGUAAACCUUGCUUAGUUUGAACACUAAAUUUUUUUUGAAAUACAUCAUUCCAUUUUAGUAGUAAUAGUAGGGUUUUAUAUUUUCAUCUUUGUUGCAUUAUGGUUAGGUACAAGCAGCCAUAUUGAAGCCAGAAGUUAUUUUAGUCAUCAAGGUAUUUACAAACAAAAGGUUUCUGAAAUUUUUUAUGUCGAAAAAUUAAAAGUUGUUCUAAAAAAAAAAAGUAGAAAGGGAGCGCCACACUUUUCUAAUUUGCAUGUGACUACAAUAAAGAACGUGGCACCUUACUUAUAUUUAAAUUACAUAAAACAAAGAAAAUUAACUUAUAUGACAUUUAAAAAACAAUUAUGUUUAUUAAUACCGGUAUUGAUUAAGUUCAAAAUAUGAACUUUUUUUUUAUGGCCACCCUGAAAUUUUCCUUAUCCAAGGGAAAAAAACUAUUUGCUCUUUAACAGCAAAUUAAAUUGUUGUUUCAGCCAAAUCAAAUUCUUUACCAAUAACUAUUAAGCUGUGACCAUUUUCAUUUUUAAAAAUAAUAUUUGACUUAUUUUAUUAUGUUUAAAUUUUUUUCCUUGACAUGUUUUAGAGAAUCCAUUGUUGUUUUUGGGUAGAAAGUUUAAAAUAUUUUAUUUUAUAGGAUAUUUUCAAAUGAUUGAAAGUUGUUUUCUAAAAAUGAAAUUUAUAGCCAAAUAUAUUGGUGCUACCUAUUUCACUGCUAGAUCUCUAUCAAAUCUGACAAGAUAGCCAAUUAACAAUGCUGUGUUUCAAGAGGAUUUUUGUGAAUCAAAUUUUGCUAUAUUUAACUUUUUAAAUCCAUAUAUGAGUAAACUCAUGCUAUUGUAUGCCUUAGUGUGUCUAGUAAUGAGAGACAUUAGAUUGAGAUGUAGAUGCACCAGUUCUUUUGGUCAUUUGUAGUUUUAUAAGACAAGAAAUAUUGGAGAUUUUCUGUAUGAACUAAAUCAAGGCAUUACGCCGAACGGCCCAUUUUCUUACCAGAGCACUAUGGGAGGAUUGAGUCCUUCCUGCUCUGAUUUUCAAUAGGAGUUCAUCUCAGGUAUAAACUAAACAAUGUCAAGGACACUAAAAAAUGGAACGUUGCCAUUGCCAACUAAAAAAAAGAAGAAUUGAUCCAAAAAUUUGAACACUAUCCCAAUGCAUGGCAGUUGACCUUUGUAUCAAAUCUCUUUUUACCACUAGUUAGUUGCCCAUUUAGUUUUAAAUUUAAAAUAAAUAAGCUUGAAGUCACUGAAUGGAAGUCUAAUGCUUCCUCUAGAGUGAAAUGAGUUUGUUCUAAAUAAAGAAGAGCUUAGAACAUUGAAUCCUGCAGUGCUAAAAAGUGCUCACAAAUGAUCCAAAGCAUAUCAACACAUCCUUUAGUUUAUACACCAGAGACACCAGAACAGGAGGCUAUUUAUAGGUUUUAUCCAUGAUGUAUGAAAAUGUCCAAUAGCAUGCUAAGACAUACAUUGUUUUUGCUUUCACAGGAGAAAAGGGUCUAAAGAAAUAUCGAAGGUUGAGAUUGAAAUGUUUAUUAAUUUUUGUUUCUAUGUCUGUAAUUUUUUUAAAUUUGUUUGUUGACAUUUAUUUGUUGCAAAAAUGAUUUAUAUUUUGUGAUCAUAUUUAUAAAAAGAAAAUCAUUUAGGCUGAAUUAUUCCUUUGAUUUCCAAGAACUGAGUUAUUCCUUUUGAUUUCCAAGAAGUGAGUUACCAUCAGCAUUUUUGUGCAUAAUACUUCCUUGAAGAACAAUGAUACUCAAAUGUUAGAAUCCUAAUCCAGCAAUUGGAAACUGAUCAAAAGAAUGAAAUCCAAAGUAAUAUCAAAAUGUAUCUCAAGUUUUAUUGCAUUCAUUGUAUUGUAUAUUUAUUAAGAACAUUUUUUUGGUUGGUGCUUUUAGUUUUCUUUUAAAAACAAUACUGAUUAAAGAAAUGUAUUAUUUUAAAGCAUAAAAUGGAAUGUGUUUCUGACUUUAAAAAUUGUACUAAAAUUCAAAUUUAUUAGGUACAUUAUUCACCACAUUGAUAACACACCUAGCCAGCAUCGUAAUGCAACGUGAUUCAGUCACUGUAUUGAUUGAGAACUGUUAGAGCAGCAUGUGUGUUACGCAUGAGAUUAGGUUAGAUCAUGAUAAUGCUAAUGACAUCCCGCUUUACUUUUUUUUCUCUAUUCCUAGUUGUGCUUUGAGUUUGAAAAAAAAAAUGAGAGGGUAUUCAUUAGAAACAAAAAAAUGCAAUUGUAGAAUUUCUUGGAAAUGUUCAUCCACUCUUAAAGCAUCCAUUUGCACAUGUUUAAAGCUGUUUAUCUUAUUUUCUGUUUAUUACAAUUGUUAAUGCACUCUCACAAGAUAUUCACUGAGAUUGAAAAUGUUUUUGUUUAUUGUUAUUUCCACUAUUGUUAAAGAUCCAUUUAUUAUUUACUUAUUCUUCCUUUACUGCAAAUACUUUUUCCUUUGCGUGGUAUCUGGUGGUGUGUGCUCUCAAGGAUGGUCAUGGUAACUCUUGAAAUGUACUCUAAACGCUGGUAACAUUGCCUGGUAUGGUAGUUUGUAAUUCUCAGAUCUGGCCUUACUACCUGGCAGCCUGUCAUCUUCAGUGCUAACCUUGCCACAUGGUAGUGUGUACUGUCAUCACUGACCCUGGUUUCUGGUGGUGUAUACAAUUGGGCUAGCAUUGUGUUAAGCUCAUUUAGAAAGGAGAAGAUCAUUCAAUGCAGCUACCUGGUAUUGUGUAACCUAAGGGCUAUCCUUGCUACCUGGUAUUGUGGGAAGUGUGGUCGAGAUGCUAAGUAUGCUUGAACUUGGCUUGGCUUGUCUACCUAUGAUGGGGGCUCGAGGUUCGACACCCAACUCGAGCAGAGUUGUGUUUACUGAGCGCCUAAAGGCAGCACAGCAAACCUUCUCCAAGAUACCCCCUCCACCCACUGGUCUACAAAUGAGAUUGGACCAUAGCACUCAGAGCAUGCUAUAAGCAUGAAAGUAGCGCUAUAUAAAAGCCAUAAUUUAAUUUUAAUUUAUUGUGUACUCUUUAGCCUGGCCUUACUAACAGGUAUUGUGUACUCUCAGUGCUUGCAUCGCUACGUGUUAGCUUGUAAUCUUCAAUGCUGGCCAUACUUCCUGGUAUACUCUCAGGGCUGGCCGCCUUGCUACCUGGUAGUGUAUACUCUCAUCACUGGCCCUGGUUUCUGGUGGUGUAUACAAUUGGGCUAGCAUUGAGCUCAGUUAGAAAGGAGAAAAUCAUUCAAUGCUGCUAUCAGCUGAUUAGUUUUAAAUGUUGUUCUUUUACAAUUAAUGACAACUUUUUAAAGUUUAAAAAAACAAAAACAAAAUACUACUUAAAUUGAAUGUGCUUUUGUUCUUUUUAUUUAUCAGCUCAAUUAAUAUUUUCAAACAAUGAAAUUAUUGUAAAUUUUCAUCGGGACGUUUAGGUUUAUGGUUCAUCAAUCAAUUCAUCAUUUUGUAGCACUUAACGAUGUUUAGGAAUCUACAUUGAUGUCAUAAUUUUUUUUUCUGUCAGUGUCACCAUUAAUUUGUGUUGAUAUUAAUUGUAAUGCCUUAAUCUAUAUGUAUGGUUAUAAUUUAUGAUUUAAUUAUGCAGUUUCAAUUCAUCCUGCAUUGCUGAUAUAAAUUCACCAUUUAAUCAUUUGCUUUCACAUUUGCAAUAAACACACUAAAUAAAUGUUAUUUAAUGAAAUUUCCUAGCAAGACCUAAGCAAUUAACAUUGAAAGUAGAAGUCAUCUCUGUAAAGUUAAUGCUGUCACAUUUUCCAUUUUGACUGCUGAACGACUUCCCCAUGAGAGCUGGAGUAAUUCAAUCUUUUCUUUUUCUCAAGCUUUCUUGUCAAAUUUCUGCAUUACUCUUAUCAUGGAGCCUGGUACAUUUACAAUCAUCAUCCAUUUUACAGGAUGAAGUGAGUGAUAAAAAGAAUGGAAGAACAAGUUUGGACUAGAAAUAACUUGGUCCUUAGCUUAUUGAUUUCUUUUAAAAGGUCUGACUAGUGAAAUGUUCAUUUAUAAGUUCAUGAAAAGGCUGACAUCUGGAGUCUAAAGAAAAUCAUUUAGGAAACUGAUCAUAGUAUCCUAGGAAUAGGCGUUGCCUGUGACAGAAACUCUGCUAGAAUACUGACUUGUAUAUAAAAAUAGAAAAUAUUAAAAAUUGUAUUUUGUCUUUUGUUUUCAAUUGUGCUCACAUUUUUAUCUGACUCUGGGCGUGGUCUUCUACUUUGAAGGGUGUUUGUUCAACCAAAAAUAAUCAAACUUUACUUCUCUUAAUUUUCUCAAUGACUUAAUUUGUUGUUGAUAUAAUCUCAACUCUCUACUCACACAUAUAUAUUUACUAGACAUUUAAAUGCCCAUUGCAUUAUAUUUCAAAAUGAAUGUGUUUUAUCAUAUUAAAAAAAAAGUAAAGCUCAUCCUUGUUCUUUUUUAAAAAAGGGGGGGGGGGGGGAUUUUAUUUCUAAAUUUAGAAAUCAACUGAGCAAGGUGAAAAAAGAAUGCUGGGAUGUACUUUUAAAUUAAUUUGUAAUGCCUUUUUUUUUUAUAUCAAAAUAUCUGAUAUGAUAUAUAUAUUAUGUAGAAUAUAAGAUCUAUGUAUUUUAAAACAUUUAGAAAUAAACACUGAUGAAUCUUUAUGAUUGGCAAGAAUGUUCUGAAGAUGAUUGUCUUAGUAUUUUAGAAUUCCUCUACAAUGGGCAAUGUGUAGUUCUACUAGUAUAACCAAAACAAAAGGGUCCAAGGAAAUUUCAAAUUAUACCACAACUUGUCACAACCAAUGUUAAUAUGAGAUUAGACUAUUAAACAGAAGAAAAUGAGUUCUAAUUAUUGUACUGUGAUUGUUGGGUUCUAGUUUUAUCUUUUUUUUUUUUUUUUACGGCAGUUAAAAUGUCUUCAAAACAAUUAUUUACAUCUGAAUUAAAGAUCACCAAGUGCAAACCUUUAUAACUAUAGAGUUUUGUUGUCAGGUGCUCUAUUACUUGCUGUGUAAUGUUUGGAUAUAUAUUUGAGCUUGUAUGAAUUGCAUUGAUGAAUACUUUAAUCAACUCAUUUAUAGUCUAAAACUUGUGCCAAGUGAAAUGAAUGUGCCAGAUUAUUGAUUAUCAGUAAUUACUCUAAAUGCCAUUUGUAAUACUUAAUACAUGUAGUGUUUCUAAAUACCAAUAAAAUUCUUGCACAUAUUUUCUAGCUGUAAUUAUAAUAGGAAUCAAAACACUUUAUAAUAAUAACCAAUAUUUAAGCAUUCUUGCAUUUACUUCACAAUUAUGUGUUUAUUUAUAGCCUAUGAAAUUUAUGAAGGAAUAAAACUUGAGUAAAAGAAUGA